AUGGUGCGCUCGCUUGUUGUGUUGCUGACUUAUGAUGAACCAGAAUGUGGUGGUGCAGCCGACGCACUUGUUGUUCACCUUCAACGGGACUGCGCAGCACUCGCGGAUAGAUGUCAGUUAUCGGCUCGGCCAAUAUCUAUUCUCCAGAAUUCUUCCCACCGUGACGCACUGUACAGGACACUGCAGGACCUUAUUCAAGUGAAACCGCAAGAUAUUUACGCUAUCAGUUUUUUAAAAGACAACAACCCUGAUGAAUACCGCAAAAUCCGAGAACUUUGCAACGGUGUCAAGCCACGACGUAUCAAGCACCAGAUACUUACACACCUCGCGAACUACAAUGAUGUGGGGCUCAUUAUAAGAAACCUUGUGCGGCUAGUGUUGGAUGAGAUGUCCCGUGACGUAUGA